AUGAAAGCCAACAGAAUAGCAGGUUGUUUGAAUGAUACGAUAUGGAGGAAUAAGCAGAAAAGAACACAAACAAAAUCUAGAAUAUACAAAUCUGUUGUUAGACCAGUUAUGACCUACACCGCCGAGACGAGACCACAAACAAGUAGAACUCAAAGAUGCCUGGAAACAAACGAGAUGAAAACACUGAGAAAAAUUGCAGGAAAAACAUUGUGGGAUAGAGAAACAAAUGAAAGCAUAAGACGCAUAUGCGAGGUUGACAAUGUCAACACUUGGGUAAAGAACAGAAAACGGGAAUGGAGCCAACACAUAAACAGGAUGACGGAACAGCGGAUAGUAAAGAUAGCCCGAGAUAAGUCGCCAAGAGGUCGAAGAAGUGUAGGACGCCCGCGAAAACGAUGGAAUGACGACUUAUGA